AAUUGCGAAUUCUUAAUUGGGGGCAUGGGGCGGGAGUCGUAUAAGGCCCAGACUUUGAACUGUGAUUACAACAGCUGUUCCAUUGCCCAUUGAGAGCACAGAGCCUAUGCAUUAAGACGUAGGGCUAAAUGUAUGAUUCCUCCUGCCAGCAGUCUUCCACGUGUGUUGUGUAGCUGUUUUUGGACAGAGGUCGUCAUCCUUAAUGCCCUAAACUUUGCGAGAUAGCCAAUCUCUUACCUAUUACCCACAAGGCGCAGCCUAUCAACCUGACGACAUCGUUUAUGAUCCCUUAAGGAUAAGUGGGAGAAGCCGCAGCAAGGCGCUCCCAGGCAGAAGUUGCCAUUAAUGGCAAACCGAUUUCUACCGUUGGUGCUUCUCUGCACCCUUGUCGGGUGUGUAACAACAGAUGCACAAUCGACUUCCAGCCCUCCAGCCGUGGAUGUAGCAGCGUUGGCCACCUUCCCCUGGUGCCAGUGCCUAUCCUAUGGCUGCAGCUGCAGUCCCUAUAGACUCAACCUUAUUAGCAGCGUUCCGGUUGGAUCCAACUUUAGGACCUGCCUGAGCAUGGACUAUGUCGGAUGUGAUUCUACGUUGGCAUGCUGCCAAGCCAUGCUAGAAUCCGUGGACAAGGUCGCGUUUGAGACAACCGCUGCGUGCGGAGCCUCAAAGGCCAACAUCGUCAGCGUAACGGUCGAUGGCAAGCUGCACCUGUCCUGGAACACGUACACUCACAGUCCAGGUUAUGAGUUGAAGAUCUACAACCUGAACCGGAACAACGCCACCUUUGCUGGCAUCCCCAUCUGCAUCACCACGACAUCUUCGUGUGCCUCCUGGUCCGAUAUCUGCUACAGCAGCACACUCGGGACCUGCCGCUACACCUUCGCCGACUCACCGACCACUAACUACUGCCCCGUCUGCAACACUGGCCAACCGCCUCCACCCGCUCCACCACCGCUGGUCCCUGGCCGAUUCCGGCCGCCAUCACCACCUCCAUCCCCGAAACCUCCUCCACCAACACCCCCUCCUUCCCCUUCACCACCACCACCACCUCCCCUCACGCCAGCUCGCCUAAGACCUCCUCCACCGUCCCCGCCUAGCCCGCUACCACCCAAGGCACCGAGGAGGCCCAGACCGCCGCCUCCAACCCCUCCGGACUCCCCGCCAGCACCGCCACCGGUUGUCCCCUGCAUUUCCGACUUAUACUUGUACAUCCUGCCACCGCUGGCGCCCCUCCGCCAUCUCAUGGCGACAAACGCACUGACUUUCACCAAUGAGUCGUGCGCCAUGCUAGCGGAUCUUAUUGGAACCGGAUUUGCAGAGCAGGCCCCCACUGUUGGAUCCAAACUGCUCGUGAAUUUCACACAGAGUGCUUGUGAGCCCAUGUCACUCCAAAUGCAUGGUGUCUUCAUGACAGCGGAGGACGGACACCGGUUAGAGACCUGGUUGAACGGUCCCCAAGGCAUCCAAGAAUGGGUCUACAACAUUACCGGCGGCAACAUGUGUGGCAAACUUGCGGGCUACACUGUUUUCAGUACCGUCAUUUCUGACCAAGUGAACUGCCUCAAGGGAGAGUUCACCCUGACAUGCAAUCCGCCUCCACCGCCCUUCCUCUCACCACCUAGACCUCCUGGCCCCGCACAGCUUGCUUCGCCCUCGCCUCCUUCGCCUCCUCCGCCGUCUCCACCACCCCCCUCCCCACCGCCUCCCUCUCCAAUGCCGCCCUCUCCACCUCCACCCCAGCCUCCUCCACCUUCACCG